GUGUUCUUCUAGCAGUACAACUCUUGGGAAGACCGCAGACAAUUCAGAAGUUGCACAUGAAGAAAUUGUGCUCCCCCGAAGGAAAACCUGGGAUAAACUGGCAGUUCUUCAGACAUUGGCUUCUACUGUGAAAAGGGAUCCUACUGCUGCUCAUUAUAUGUUCCCAGAUGACCCUUACCUUAUGCCAAAAAAUGCAGCCAGUUUUCGGCUGUUUGCGUUGUCGAAGGAGUCUGGGAUAAAUGCUGCGAAAUUCAUUAUUAAGCAGUUUCCUCAGUAUUUUGACAAGAUAUCUGUAGAGCCCGACGUACCAUGCUUUAUGCCUGAGAUUCUGACACCUCAGAUUGAAGGAGUGAGUGAGGAAGCUCUAAAAGAGCGUAUCCACCUCAGAAGGGUGAAGGAUUCUGUGGACCUGUUUGAUCAGCUUGUACAAGCAGGUACUCCUGUAUCUCUGGAGACCACAAACAGGCUUUUAGAUUUGUUAUGCUUCUAUGGAGAUGGAGAAUCUGCACAGGAGAAAGAGGCAGAAGCAAAAAAGGAAGAAGCAAAAGAGGAUUUGGAAGAAGCAAAAGAGGAUUUGGAAGAAGCAGGGAUGAAUGCUUCAGAGCAGAAGGCUCCAAAGAGACGAUUCCAAAGAGGUUCACAGUCAUCUGGCCCUCGAUGGAGGGAGAACAACAACGCUGAAAGGAUAUUUAAGAUAAUGCCAGAGAGGAAUGCACACUCCUAUUGCACAAUGAUCCGUGGGAUGGUGAAGCAUGGGGCUUUUCUUAAAGCUUAUGACAUGUACAUAGACUUGCUGAAUGAAAGACACAAGGCUGAUGUGCACACCUUCAACGCGCUGAUUUCAGUAGUCCCACAUCUAAAGGACAGGUUCUUGGAAAGAUGGGAGUUAGCCAAGGACUUCCUAAAUCACAUGGCUCAACAGGAAGUGCAACCAAAUCUGCUAACUUUUAAUGCUUUACUGAAGACUCUGAGAAGAUGUGGUGGUAUAGGCAGAAGUAUGUCGUUACUGGUAAUAAAGGAAAUGGAAGCACUUGAUAUAGAGCCUAGCCUUGCCACAUAUGAGCAUCUUCUCUUCAUGUUUUAUAGAGGCGUUGAACUUCACCCAUCGGGUAUCAUCUCUGAGGUGCUAGAUGAUGUUGAAAAGAGGAGCUUCACUCCCCAGGACCCUGAUGACGCCAACUUUUUUAUGACUGCAAUGCAAGCGUGCUGUGAUCUAAAGGACAUCAAGCUUGCCUACCGGUUAAAUAAGGCCAUGGAGAAGGGAGACAACUGGAAAUUCUUGAGCAUGGAUCGGUUAAAUAUCUACUGGUCAAAAUUCUUCUCCUUGUUGUGUAUGAUGGAACAAAUUGAUGUGGUGUUGAAAUGGUACAAAGAAAUGUCCUGCUCGCUUUUCUAUCCAACUCCUAAAAAUAUGUUGGAUCUCCUUCAAGCACUGGAUGCAGCCAACCACUUGGAAAGGAUCCCUUCAGUCUGGGAAGAUGUGAAACAGAUGGGGCUUAAUAGGAGACCAGAACUAUUGGAAGAGAUCUUGUCGUUGAUGAGCAGGGAUCAGCACCCUGAUGAGAUCCAGCAGGCGUUUGCCAAGUGUGCUGAAGACAUCAAAGCUGUGCACGAGCAGGGUGGGAGGGAGCAGGUCCCGCUGCAGUGGACGGGCAGCACGCUGGGCUGCAUCGCUCUCCUGUUUGCCAGGGCUGGCAGGACCCAGGAUGCUUGGAACAUGAUGGAGCGUUUCCAGCAAAUCAAUAGGAUUCCUACUGAUCAGGUGCUGGAUGGGUUCUGGAGCUGUGCUAAACAAAACAACUGCCCAGAUGAGGCGAUUAAGCUGGUAAAGCUGGCAGCAUCCCUCGGCCUUCCUGCAUCUCACAGGCUUAAAAGCAGAACGGAGAAAGAAUUUGAACUCUCUGAAAAGCAGAAGGAGACAUUGGAGAGCAUCCAGUCGGACAGCGACAGUGACAGUGACCGUGAGUAG